UGUUGUUGUUGUUGUUUGUUUUCCUGUUGUUGCAUCAGAAAAACAUAAAUUUUGAGCUCUGUUUGCUUGGAGGACACAGUUACAGAAGCUGUUUAUGUUCCUGCUAGGGACUGACAUUAGAAUGUCUGCGCACGAAAAGGAAAACACAAAGCUCCCUCUUGUGUCAAAGAAAACGAAGUCAGCCCUGGCUGGUCUGCAGUUCCCUGUGGGUCGAGUCUACAGGCUCCUUAAGAGAGGCCACUACGCUGAAAGGAUCAGCCCUGGUUGUGCAGUAUACAUGGCUGCGGUGCUGGAAUACCUGACUGCAGAGAUCCUGGAGCUGGCGGGGAAUGCUGCACGGGAAAGCAAGAAGGCCAGGAUCCUGCCCCGACACAUCCAGCUGGCUGUGAGAAAUGAUGAUGAGCUGAGCAAGCUCUUCUCCUCUGUGACCAUCGCUCAAGGAGGGGUGUUACCUAACGUUCUUCCCGAGCUUGUUCCUAAGAAGACAGUGACACUUAAGCCACCCCACAAAAAUGGCCAUUCGCAGGAGUUCUAGAGCUGCUGCCACACACCUGAGCUUGUGUUGUUGCAUUGCUGGCUUCUUUUCCCCAACCCAGUGCUCUCUGUAGUUUUUUUGGUCUGUAUUUGUAUGCAUAUCUAGGUGGGUGUCUGAAGGGUGCUUAAAUUUCCCUAUCAGCAUUCUUCAGAAGAAAGUCAGACUGCUUUCAUUCAUAACAGUGAAAAAGACUCGACCUUAUGCCUUUCCGUAAAGUAUUUGCUGCAUCAAACAGAUGGUUUUCUUUCCACUACCUGUUGUCUUUAAAGCAGGUGGGUGGGUAGCUGGAAUCUCCUUAUUCAGUGUGUGUGAAAGUCUGCUUCAUCUGACAGCGCCUGAGGAACUUCAUCUGGGCUUGCUCGUGACAAUGGUAAAGCUGAUGAAUUAUCUAAUAUCGGAAUGCUGAAAUAGGGUUGUGCUGUAAGUUCAGUGUCACCAUGUGCACACUGGGCUGAGGACUGUGUUUGGCAUUGUCCCCUCAGUUUCUGCAUUCACAGAGUGCCACCUGAGGAGUCUUCUAUAGACAGUGUAUAGAUGUUGACAGCAAUUGAACCUUAAGGAUAUAUAAAGUUAUUUUAAGCAUGAUUCUAAUCAGACUCUCCUUAUUUUCUUUGAGGUUUGUUCUAUUAGGAUCCGGAUCAAGCUAACUUAUACAAUAAAGUGUAAUCCAGAAAAUGGCCUUUCCCAAGAUCUGUUAAAGAUUGUGUUCUGCACCUAUGUGGCUGAAAAGGCUCCUUGAGCACUAUUGGGUUUGUACUUGAGACUACAGCACUACUGAGGACAUACCAGUACUAAUA